UUUCGAGCAUAAAUUGACUCUUCUAACACUGACUUUAGCUUACAUAAUUGACAUGCCUAGAUCGUGACAUCACAUGAUGCUGCAGCUUAGCAACGAGCAGAAAGAGUUUAAAGUCUAUGGGCUUCAAUGCAUCAGUAAAACUGAGGGAGUUAGGAAACAUGUUGCAGCUUCGGACAGUGGAGUGGGGGAUCAAACAGCCUCUUACAUCUGUUGCGUACUAAGUGGUUCUGAGACAAGGCCUCACCUGUGUACCAAUGAGAGCUGCUUGCAAGUUGAGAUGCUGUUCUGGAAAAUGCAAAUGACCCACACCCUUUGAUAAGCCCAAAAGGACCAUGGGAUCAAUUAACAUAGGAAAGGCUGCCACAUUGAAUGAGUUGCUACACGCCAGCAUCGAUACUAUCGACAAUGAAGGGGAGAUGACUAACAGUCAGGUGCCAAGAAUGGUCCUCCUAAUGCAUCGAUGGUAUCUGCCAUCUACUGAACUCGCAGGAAAGCUUCUGUUGAUGUAUCGGGAAGCCACCGGUGAAGACUGCAAUGAGUUUCGUCUCAAAAUCUGCCACUUAAUGAGGUACUGGAUUUCUGAAUUCCCCGCUGAAUUCAACUUGGAUCUCGGUUUGGUUCGUCUGACAGAGGAGUUUCGGGAAUUGGCCAGCCAGCUGGGAUGUGAAGAACACGGUAAACUCAUCGAUAUCUCCAGCAUUCCGUCCUACGACUGGAUGAGACGGGUCACUCAACGUAAGAAGGCCUCCAAGAAAAAGGGGAAAGCUUCUCUGUUAUUUGAUCACUUAGAGCCACUGGAGCUGGCCGAACACCUUUCCUUCUUGGAGUAUAAAUCCUUUCGACGGAUAUCGUUUACGGAUUAUCAAAGUUAUGUUACACAUCGCUGCCUAAUGGAUAACCCAACACUUGAGAGGUCUAUUGCACUGUUCAACGGCAUCUCCCAGUGGCUCCAGUUGAUGGUUCUAAGCAAACAGACUCCUGUGCAAAGGGCAGAGGUUAUCACCAAGUUCAUUAAUGUGGCUCAGAAUUUACUCCAGCUCCAGAAUUUCAAUACGCUGAUGGCUGUCGUCGGAGGCUUAAGCCACAGUGCCAUAUCCCGCCUGAAGGAAACAUGCUCACACCUUGCUCCGGAAGUUACAAAGGUCUGGAAUGAAAUGACCGAACUCGUCUCCUCAAAUGGGAAUUACUGCAAUUAUCGGAAGGCCUUUGCUGAAUGCGAGGGCUUCAAGAUUCCGAUCUUGGGAGUUCACUUGAAAGACCUGAUUGCCGUCCAUGUAGCUUUCUCGGACUGGAUAGAUGAUAAUAAAGUGAACAUUGUUAAAAUGCAGCAGUUGUAUGUUACAUUUAAUGAACUGGUUUCACUGCAAGAUGCAAAUCCACAUUUAGAACCAAAUAUGGAUUUAAUACACCUGUUGACGCUUUCCCUGGAUUUAUACUACACAGAGGAUGAAAUCUAUGAAUUAUCGCUACUUCGAGAACCUAGGAAUCCUAAAUCAACGCCUAGCACCCCAACCACUCCGAACAAACAUGUGGCACUUGUAGACUGGGCACCUGGGCUGACACCAAAACCAGAUCCCACUGUCAUCAAUAAGCACAUCCGCAAGAUGGUUGAUUCUGUAUUUAGGAACUAUGACCACGAUCACGAUGGUUAUAUCUCCCAAGAGAACUUCGAAAGCAUCACUGCCAACUUCCCGUUCUUGGAUUCCUUCUGUGUGUUGGAUAAAGAUCAAGAUGGUCGGAUUAGCAAAGACGAAAUGAUGGCCUAUUUCCUGCGUGCCAAUUCUCAACUUCAGUGCAAAAUGGGACAGGGAUUUAUUCACAAUUUUCAAGAGAUGACAUACCUCAAACCCACCUUUUGUGAGCACUGUGCGGGAUUUCUUUGGGGUCUAAUCAAACAGGGAUACAAGUGUAAAGACUGUGGUGUGAAUUGUCAUAAGCAAUGCAAGGACCUGUUAGUGUUAGCAUGCCAGAAGCUGCCCAAGAGUUCCUCUUUGGAACGUACUUCACCACCUCCACACUCACAUGGCUCUCUGCCCAGCAGCCCAGCAACACACUCCUGUGGAAAUGUUCAAGAUGGAGCAGUGUUCAAUUUCCCCCAGAGUGGCAGAAACCAGGCUGUCGACGGCAGGUCAAUCACACUAAUGACUGGCUCAGCUCAGAAGAUUUCUGUACGUUUACAGAGAGCUACGGCCAGUCAGGCCACACAGACAGAGCCCCUGUGGCACGAGAGUGGGUGGGCUACUGGCGACUCAGGCUCGCAUACCUUCCCAAAAAUGAAGUCAAAAUUCCAAGGGAAAGAGGGAAAGGACAGGGGCUUCGCCAAGUGGGAAAAUGAGAAACCCAGCACAUGUGCCAAAACAGAGGAGGAACAUGAGCUACUACAGAAUGGGAUGGAGACAGAGGAAGAGCAGUGAAAGUGCACUACUCAAGGCUUCAUUUGCCUGUGGCCAUCACACCCCAACUCCAUCACAGCUGAUACAUCAUCCUGGCAGCUUAUCAGAUUUCACGCACAAAUUCCAUAGUCCUGGAACAGCAAACAACCACAGUUCAACGUGUUGGAAAAGUGCAAAUAUUGUGGUGGGCACCUACAACUUCAACAAGAAACCCACAAGCAACUCAGCAAACGUCAGCAAUCAAAACAACUCGAACCUGGAAAAUAAUUCCAAAUUAUUUGGAAAAUUCCUGUGGCUGCCAAUAUUUUCUAUUUGGGUUUUCCCAUUGAAAGUAGUUGGAAGUUAAUUGUGCAAAACUUGAAGCACAGCGUAGCAUUAUUUUUUUUGCUGACGUAAUUUUCUUGUGAAAGAGAAACAAAGUUAAUUAUUACAUUUGAGACAAUACUUACAGCACAUUACAUGUGUAACAAAUAAAACUUUAACCACAUUACAUUUAAUGCAGCUGUUACAAUUUUAGAAUAUUCCCUAUUUAGUCAUUUGGCAGUGCAGAGCUUGAGCAUUGCUGAAAAAAAAGGACAUUUUAUUCUUGCAUUCAUCAGGGUAAUUUGCAAGGAUGCCAAUAAAAACUUACAUUUACACUGGACAAGAGCAAUGUGCUGAUUGAUUGAUCAUUGCAGCUUGAUUGCUAAGGGUCUUGACCUAGUCAACCUGCCUGCUUAAAUUUAAACAAAAGUCUGACAGUUAACUGUCAAUCAGCAUCGCAAUCGGUGCAUUCUCCAUGGCAAAAGAAAUGAUGCCGUGGCAGAGAAAAGAUGAGAGAAGCAUUGCAUUUUGUCAAAAUGCUUCAGGUGCUAUUUAUGGUAUUUUGGGCCAUUAAUGCAUUUUCUGUACUCCAAUAAUACACAGGUAGUCAGAAACCAUGAGGGUAAAUGUCACCCAGGUUGUUGUUCUCUCCCCAAGCAGAAAUCUCAGGUCUUUUCCAUUUUAAGGCAGUCUUCUGCGCACCCAAAAUAAAGAAUGAUUUCUGUGUCAGACCUGGACAUCGCCGUGGAGCCUCCCAGGUGAUCCUGUAGCCUUUCUGAUGCUUUAGCAAGUAGAGCUGCUGUUGUACCUGUUGUAACACAGCACUGAGUAAAACAUGCAGGAAUGCUUUUAAUACUGUAAAAAUGUUUCUUCUUGCUGCAUCUGUGACCAGUUGCAAAAGGGUAACAUAAUCCUGUUGACAUCAACCCCUAUUUCCCACAUGGACAGGACAGUGCAACAUUCCUUAGUCUCCAUGUUACUGAAGUGACAGUCUUCUAUUUUUUUGCCUGUGAUGCAUUCUGGUCAUUUGUCUCAAAUUACAAUAUUAUCCAACAUAUUUGGGGAAGUCACGUGACAUGUUCGGUAUUGUCUCCAGCCACCUCUAUCUCCCAAGCUAUAAGUACAAAUCGCCCCCCCGCUGAAUUGAAAGGGAGAUUGCUGGAGUUAUGAUGGUCGCCAGUAGCUGGAAAAAGGACUCCAUUUUUUUGGUUUGGCUUUACUACCCAAACAUGUUACACAGGCUGACUGAAGGAGAGCUCCGUGCCAGCGCUGUUCUGAGGGAAUGGCCAUCUGCAAAAUGGCAGCAUGUCAGAGAAGCCAGUCGAGCUGUUGAUCAUGGACAGGCACAUACAGUCUGAGGAAAACAAGAGCCCAAAUGCUAGAACCAAGGAACAUAGCAUUGGGAAAUUAACCAAUAUCACUAUCUACUCAGCAGAACUCUGACAGCCCAGAUCACAGGACUAUCAAUGGACCUUUAAGGGUUUAUAUGUAGUGGAUUAUUUGUGUUGCCAGUGAUACCUUUGUCGCACCAAUUUUUUUAUAGCCAAUUCAUUCACAACUUUAGGAUCAGACAUGUAAUCAUUUACUUAAAGUCUUGGUUCUGCUCAAGGUGAGGAGAGUUUGUAUUAGGAAAAUGGAUUUCCUCCUUGCAAGCAUCAAAGCAUUCCUGGUGCAAAGUGUGUGUGUGUUUGUGUGGGUGGGUAUGGAGGAGGUUCCUCCCAAGCAAUGUCCCUUAGCCCAAAGCGGUAACAAACACUCAUCUCCAUACAAUGUGAAAAGGUCUCUUUAGAGAGGUCAGUGACAAUAUGCACUAGCUGGUGGCUGCUCCGUCAUAUAGAGCCCUCUCCCUCUUGGAAGGCUUGCUCCUCAGCUCAACUGGUAAAGAUACUGGGCCAGAUUUGGGGUUGCCAAGUCUUAAUAAUUCCUCCAUAGACCUGGAAUCCAUACAACUUUUCCUCCAGAUUUUCAAUAUUUCAAUAACCAAUAAAAAAAAGUGUUUAAAUAUAAACUUUUGUAAUGGCCUUUUGUUUUCUCCUGGGACAUUCAGGAAAUUACUUUACAAUUAUUGGAGAUACUAAGGCCGUUCUGAAGGAUAGACCAUAGCUAGACUCCAGACUGCAUUUCAAACUAGACUGACCAGUCUAGGCCCGAAACAUCAGCUUUUGUGCUCCUAAGAUGCUACUUGGCCUGCUGUGUUCAUCCAGCUCCACACUUAUCUCUUGACCAGAUUUAUAGUUGGUGGAUAGUAGGUUGUUGAUAAGAUAUUCAUGGUGCAUCUUUGUCUCAACAAACAUUACUAGACUUGGAGAUUUCUUUGGGACUAUUAUUAGGAUUUGUAUGUGCCAUUCUCAUUGCAUUAUUGGCUCAGGAAUUGUUGUUGAGAAAGUAAAUAUAGACUUCCCACAUUUUCCAGUAACACAUUAUUAGAAACUUGCACCCAGUUUACAUUCAUAAAUGCCAUAAAUUGUCAAAAUAACUAAUAACAACUUCAAAAGGAAGUAAGAACAACAAAACUAUGGAGCACAAUGCCUGGGAGUGAUCUGAAGGCUAUGAUAAAUAACACUUCAGGGCUUAACAUAUGCCAAGAAAGCUGGUUAAUCUCCAGUCCACAAUAAAGCAAAAUGUUCUGUUUGUAACUCCACUGAGGUGAAAGCUGCAGAAGGACUUUAUUUGGUCAGAUUAAAAAAUGAAUUAUAGAAAACAAAACUACAAACCAAUGAAAAGAUUAUGAUAUAGAUUAGGGCAGAGAGAUAUCGAUCAUCAGUGAUUACAUAGGAUCUUACUAGACAGUGCACUCUGCUGAUUAUGCCAGAGCUUGUAUGGUUAGUUGGAAAGUUCUAUACUCAUUCAUAUGAGGUAGAAUGCAAAUGGGCACCAUGAAAGGAAGACUUGCAUUUAUAAAGUGUCACUGGUAAAAUAAAAUCUUGGGGGUUCCCAGAUACAUGAAUCAUACUUCCAGGGUAAAAAUUGGAAUCAUUCAAGAGGCACAGCCACCUACGUAUGCCAAAUCCAGCAAAUCCAUGUUUGAAGUGACUGAGAAAAAUAAAGCAUUUUGAAGGGUAUAAUUAUAGAAGAAAAAGCUCUGUCUCUGGUGGAAUAGAUUCUAGCUUACCAGAUCAAUGAUGAAUUUUAACUCUCAUAUGUUGCACGCAUUAACUUUCACUUCAAUUAGAUGUGCAGAAUAUUUGUCAUCCAACACGAACAGAAAGCUACUGCUGCAGUGGAAGGUGAGACUAGUCACAAUCUAAUAGGAAUUGUUAUUGGUACUUGUUUAUAUUUGUUUAUACAUAUAUGAAUAAAACUGAAACAAUAUAAAAGUGUGCAACUCAAAGGGGAUGCCAUCUUUAAGCAUCACCCCUUCAGUACUUCACUAGAAUUUCAGCCUGAAUUAGCGGGGGAAGCAACGGACUGAACUGUUAAUCCAGAGACACAGAUAACGUACUGGGGACCCAGAUUUGAAUGUGACCACAGCAAAUGGUGGAAUUUGAAUUCAAUAAAUAUCUGGCGUUAAGGAUCUAACUAUGACCAUGAAUCCAUUGUUGACUGUCGGAUAAAACCCACCUGGUUCACUAAUGUCCUUUAGGGGAGGAAACUGCCAUCCUCACCUGGUAUAGCUUACAUGUGACUGCACACACACAGCAACGUGGUUGACUCUUAACUACCCUUUGCCAAUUUGGAUGGGCAAUAAAUGCUAGCUAACCAGUGAUGCCUUCAUCCUGUGAAUGAAUAAAAACACAUGCCUAAUCACUUCUUUAUUUAUUUGAGAUGGGAACAAACAGGCAUACAAAAUAAAAGCAACCUGAGAGAAAUCAUAGGUUCACAUUGUACAAAGUAAAAACUCUUCAUUUAUUCCAUCAACUAAAACACAUGGCCCAAUACUGCAAGUAUCUCUGGACCCUUUUGCAAACAGAUCAUACUCAACUGACACACGGAAUUGAAGGAGAGGGCAAUGCCGCAAGUUCAGUACACUUCUGGAUCCACACACAACAGAAAUGAUCUAUUUUUUAUGUGCAAUUUAAAGCUUUAUAAUUAUGCACAUUUACUCUUUGUUAUUUUCCCAUGAGGCAGGUAGACUGUUUUUGGUGAACUGUCCACAACACCAAAAACAGCUAAAGCUCCUAGACACCCAACCAAAGUAUUUUUAUUGUUGCCUUUACCCAUACAAGACUGUUUUGCCAACAGCGUGAUAGAAAUUAUUUCACUCUUGUGAAGUAACUUGUGAAAACAGGCUAGCUUCCAACCAUUUUUAAUAGUCACACUGUGUAACAAAAAUGCUAGCUCGGGAGCUCAGAAUGUGGAAGCUGUGUAUCUUGUUUACAUCUAUUUCCAGUAGCUUCUGGGAUAAUAACUUAUUCAUCCAGGAAGGAGGGCUUGGUUACAAGCUUAAAAAACAGAAACCCAAGUUGGGGCAGACAGCAUUAAUCUAUCUACAUCAUCAUGGUCUCAAACCACAAAACAUAUCAAGCUGCUGGGGAGCUACUACAAGAGUUUACAACUUGUAAAAGUAAUUGACAUAACCACAGCGGGCUCAACUGUAACCCUGUAUAAGUAAAUUGAUCUCAGUGUGAUAAAAUUGUGCCCAACACUUCUGGCUGUGGUCCUUUUGAUAUUUUGAUCAGACUCAAAAGGGAAACUGGUCUACAGAGGAAACAAACAAUUAAAAUUUGUUGCUCAAAAUUUUAAAUUGCAUCAUUACGGUUCUAUACAAUAAGAACGAAAAGACGGGUUUUGCACAUAGAGACAAGUUGUCAUAUUUGCACUCAAUUAUAGAUAAGAAAAUUCAGGAAAAUAUAACACACAUCUUAAAUAUGGUGUUCCAACAGUUAUUUUGAGGAUGUUUGGAAAUUUUCUAAUGUAUUAAUACGCGUCAAUAAUUUGAAUGUUGCACAGUAGCCUUACUGCAUGCUGGAAUCUGCAUCACGUGUGAUCUCACACAAGCAGAGCUGGAGCAAACAGUGGUUCUCUAACACUAGUUAUAGCACACUCAUCUCAGUCACAUCGAGUCAGGCUAACACUUAUUUUAUUUCAAUAACAGUGGCAUGGUUGUGCAGAACUUGAAUACAUCUGAAGAGAUAGGCAUGUUGUGGAGAUCUCAUACUAAUCGGGCCAAUCUCAAAAAUUUCAAGCUUUUGAAACAAUUUAUACCACAGGAGGCAAGGGAUGUGGGUUAGUUGGUAACUGGACUCUGCCAAUUGAGACAAUUGCCAUGGAGAGCGCUAUGGAAACUUUUAGACUUCCCUUAACUUCUGGGAACUUCAACUGGAGAUAAUUUAUCUUUAGUUAAAAUCUGAUUAAAUCAGUCAACGUAUUGUGGCUCAUUUAUGCUUUCUUGAAGCAGCACAUAUUCAAGCAUAGGAACUCCCUCCCUAUGCACAAAAGGUCUGCUUGCACCUUUUUGAACAUCGUCCUUUAUUUAUAGAGAACAGGUCUCAAGUAUGAAUGCAUGUCACCUUCUAGCAAGUGUAAAUGCACUACAUUACAACCUUAAAAAUAAAACAGAACUGACAAUGCAAAAACAGAAAUUGCUGAAGAAACUCACUAGGUAUGGCAGCAUCUGGGGAGACAAAGUACAGUCAAAGUUCUGAAUCCACUGAUCCUUCUCUGAAGAUGUUGCUAGACCUGGGGAGUUUCUCCAACAAUUCCUGCUUUUGUAGAUUACAACCGUGACCAUUUAUCUCUAGCUGCUUGAAAACUGAUUUAAGUUAUUCCAAAUGCUUUACUGGAAAACAUGGGAAAUUAUAGUUUUGCUUUACUUUCUCCAUAGCAAUGCCUGAGCCAAUAUAUCAACUUGCUAUCCUUUAUUCCUACAGUAUAAAAGUCGUGAUCACUUAAAAUUCAGCAUUGCUGCAUUUGCCCUUUUGAGGGCAAGACAAAUAGCUUCAACAAAAUUACUCCCUUUUCAACAGGCAAGGAGGCAGUUUCAUGGAAAUGUCACUAUAGUCAAGAAGUCCAGCGUAAAUGUUCUGAGGACAUGGGUAUGAAUCCAAUCACAGACGGUGAAAUGGGGAUUCAAUAAAAGUCUAGCCUGUGGCACCCAUAGCACACAAACAAACAAAAAAAAAAUCGUUUCAAUUUAAGACUCCCGCAAUAAUAAUUAUUAGGUAGAAACCAAGUGAAUUCAGAUCAAAUCACUGAAGUUUUCCUUUAAAAAAAAGUGCAAAAAGUGAUUUCAGUCCUGUCUCAUUAACUUGAUUAGAAUUUAAAAGCAAUGUCUCCAGUUGAGUGUUAAAUAUGAAUUUUUGUUAGAUACCCAACAAUAUUACAACUUUCUGAUUUUUGACAUCCAAACUUCAAUUUCAGGACUGGAUGUGGCAGUAGUGGGAGCUGCAGAUGAAGAGAGGGGGUGUAGCGGAAUGACGGUGAUAGGUGGACACUGGUAGUAAGUAUCACCUGGUUGGUCGAUGGGAGGGAUGAAUCCGGUUGGUGGCUAGAAGAGACGGUCAGAAGGUGGAACGGAAGGGAGGAGGUGGGGCUGGAAAUGGAGCCGGGGUUGGACGGGAACAUUGUUUGAAGUUGAAUUCUCCAAUGUUGAGUCCUCCUUCUUCACACACUCAUCUUUCACCAGGGCACCCUACAGCCCAGAGGGCUCAACAUGGAGUUCAACACGCAGAUCUGAAAAAGGGUACCACCUGAAAUGUUGAUUUCUCCUUUCUUUCAGAUAUCCAGCUUAUCUACCUUAAAACAAUGCAUACUGCAUUUAGUUCUGGUCUCCCUGCUACAGGAAAGGUGUUGUUAAACUUGAAAGGGUUCAGAAAAGAUUUACAAGGAUAUUUCCCAGGUACAAGGGUUUGAGCUAUAGGGAGAGGCUGAAUAAGCUGGAGCUAUUUUCCCUGGAACAUUGAAGGCUGAGGAGUGAUCAUAUAGAGAUUUAUAAAAUAAUGAGGUGCAUAGAUAGGAUGAAUAGCCAAAACUAGAGGGCACAGGUUUAAGGUGAAAGGGGAAAAAAGAUACGAGGGAUUUAAGGGACAACAUUUUCAUGCAGAGGGUGGUGCAUGUGUGGAAUGAGCUGCCAGAGGAAGUGGUGGAGGCUGGUACAAUUAAAAAGGCAUCUGGAGGGGUACAUGAACAGGAAUGGUUGAGAGAGAGAUGGGCCAAAUGCUGGCAAAUGGGACUAGACUAAUUUAGGAUAUCCGGUUGACGUAGACAUGUUGGACAACUUUAUGGCUCUGCGCAUUAAAACAAAAUGGUUUUCUGCAAUUUUUGCUUAAUAAUAAUUGGUUGCAUGAUCCACAACUGAAGGCUCAGUUGUUGUUGACUGCAUAACAUGUAAUGGGAAGGUCUAUCCAAACUAUUUUCAUUAGCAAGCCAACUUAAAUGGUUAGGUACCUUUUGGUCACAACUUGUCCCGACUAGAUUCAACUGUAGAUUUUGGAAGCUAACUGAAUUUGGUUUCUGGAAGCCAUCGUAAAAAAGUGUGUGCCCAAGACUGCUGGCUCAUUUAUUGGAUUUAAAGAGAUAGCUAAUAGAUCAUGGAUAAUUAUCCUCGUUAAGUUGCAAAGAGAGAGCGUGACACACACACACACACACACACACAAAGGAGACAAUAGGUAAAGAGAAAAGAAUCUUUGGGAAUACCCAAAGUACCAGAAAUUCAAUGCCGAAAUGUACAGAAAGUAAUAUCUAUUGUUUUCACGAGUAUCAGUUUUUCACAAAUGACCGUCAAUUCAAAUUGAGAGACCGGAGUGUUAAUUAUAGGUAUUACAAGUGUAAUUUUUCUGUGUUGUUUUGAAAAAA